ACUGCCCGCGCAUCUCAACUGCGAGGAGAAGAAAGAGACAAGUCGACACUCUGCCACGAGCUACGACGAGCCCCCAGUGUGUUUUUACUCGGGGCUGAGUAAACGAGACGCUUGUUGUGUAUCAUAAUACACCCGCGACGCCUGAGCCUUCUACACUAGACACUAUAACUGACUUUAGCCCACUUCCUCCGUCCACCGUGACGACGAGAAAGUAUUUUUUUCUUUAAUAAAACUCAUCUUUAACGUCAUCUUACUCGGCCGAUUUGACAAAUGUGAAGGUGAUGAAUGUCCAGUCGAGUGUCAGUGAUCAAUUUACUUGAAAGUGAUAAAAGGUUAUUAAAAAAUAACCAAAACCAGUGCUCAAGUGUCAAUAAGUUGUAAAUAUAAAUAUUUAUUUAAAUUCAUUUAAUUGUAAUUUUACUACAUACCAAAAUGCAUACUCUGUUUGGAGAACAAAAUGCCUACUAUAGGCAUGCCGCAAGUGUUCCAGUUGGAAUGGGAACUCCAUCUUAUCCAGCAGUUGCUGCUACACCAGGAUAUUAUGAACAAUAUCGAUACGGUAGUUAUACAGCUAGUUAUCCCGUCGCAGGGAUCCCUCAGCAACAUAUGCAUCACCCUUCUAAAGAUAUGGUCAAACCACCCUAUUCCUACAUCGCCCUGAUAGCAAUGGCUAUUCAAAAUGCACCUGAUAAGAAAAUAACUCUCAAUGGAAUAUACCAGUUUAUCAUGGAACGCUUCCCGUACUACCGAGAAAACAAACAAGGUUGGCAGAAUUCCAUCAGACAUAAUCUAAGUUUAAACGAAUGUUUUGUAAAAGUGCCGAGGGAUGACAAGAAGCCAGGAAAAGGCAGCUUCUGGUCAUUAGAUCCUGACAGUUAUAACAUGUUUGACAAUGGAUCGUAUCUCAGGAGACGAAGGAGAUUUAAAAAGAAAGAUGCUUUGAAGGAAAAAGAAGAGGCUUUAAAACGUCAAGGAGUUAUUUCUGAUAAGAGAGAAGACAAAUCGAAUAUUUCACAGGAUUCAUCAAAAAAAGCUACAAUAGAAUGUAAACAGCUUAAAAGAGAGCCUCCAAAUGACCAAUCUUGUAUGGCAAACAAUGGACAAGCUGCAAAAUAUGGUCGAAUUGAUGCUAAAAACCUUACUACAACUGCCAGUGUGAUUCAAACCAACUUGGAACAUCAACCAGCUCAUCAAAUCCAGCACCAACCUCAUCAAGUUCACCAGGAAGUCGGUGGUAUGGGUGAUGUGAAUAUAGGAUUGGAUCCAGCAGGGUUUAGUGUCGAUGCUCUUAUGACUACAAGAGAAAACAGUGCUUUGAUGACACGAGAUCAUCAUUCUCAUCAUCCUCAUGCACUCCAGCAUCCUCAUGGACAUUCUACGCAUUCCCAUCCAUCAUUGAUGGCUUCAAGAGACCCCAUGUCGACCGUCGGGAGUAGAGAUUUAUCAGUAGUCACCACAUCUACUACCACAACGGCUGCUGCAGCAGCAGCUAUGAUGGUUUCCACCGGGUACAGUCAUGUUACACCCACAAGAGGUAAUCCUAGUCCACCUGGAACCAUGUAUUCUCCUUACUGUCCGAGCUCUACCGGUUACAUUAUGGAUCAUGCCGAUUACAAUGCUGCUACAGCACGAACUCAUAACACAGCUCAUUCCCAAUGGUAUCAAGAAGCUGCUAGUCCAGACUCUGCAACGAUUUAUCAGGAGACUCAAUCACCAAGCUGUCAAAUGUAUAGAUCCAGCCCGCCAACUCCUUUAUCGUCUGGAGCAGCUCCAUCGCCACCACUCUACCAUAGAUAUUAUCAAGACUGCAAUGCUGUCAACACCAGUGGAAACCUUCCUAUAACAUUACACAAGUACUGAGAAUAUCGAACAAGGUCCAAUCGAGACCUUGAUAUAACUAGUGGCAAUCAUAGUCAUCAUCUCCAACAUCAGGAGUAUGAUCCUAGUUUAGUUUAUAUUAAACAAGAGUGGAUAUCUCCUGAUGAACUCUCGAAAGAGUGGAAUUAAACCCACCGAAUAUAUAUUUUUGAGACGUGAUGUGAGUUAGUGGUAGCAAGAAUAUAAUUAUGCACAAUUUUGAAGGUUAAAAUCGGUAUCCAACUGUGUAAACAGAGUUUUUUUUCAAUUGUGUAAAUCCAGUAAUUCCUAACCUGGGUCAAGAAACUCUUGAAGAACGAUAUUGAGUUGGUAUUAAAUAAUAUAGAAUUGCUUAAAAACGAAUUGAAACGUGAUUAACAUUCUUCCUGUUAAGUUAUCGAAAAAAUACAUCUGUUUAAACAGAACCCGACGCAAACAAGUCAAUACGGUGACACUUUCUUACAUAUUUGUUUGCUAAUUGUCUGUAAGACACAGCAAAUGAAUUGUACAGGAAAAAUGUGGCUCAGGACGAAUCAAAGUCAUUCCCUGAUCAACCAUUUCAGUCAUUUUCGUUUUUCAAUUUAUUUCAUUUUCAUUCUAAUUCAUUAUCUAUAGUUCUUGAAAAAAAAAACAAAACUCAUAGAUAGAUGAUAUUAGUAGAAAAGUAAUAAAAGCAUUUAUAAGUUAUCUAAUAUCAUUCCUGACCUCGUGGAAACAAAAAAAAAAAAAAAAUGUUAUAUGAAAAAAAAAAAUUGUUUACGAGAGAGCUGAGAUAUAUUUAUUAUUAAUAAUAGUGAAGGAAUAAUGUGAAAUAUAAAUAUUAAUUAAAAUAAUAUUGUGAAUAAAUAAAUUAGAACAAUGACUGUCGUUGUAGAAAAUGAUGUACAUUAAAAUUGUAAGUUAAUAAAUCUGUGACGAUUUUGUCUGUUCUUAGUAUUUAAUUAUUUAUAAGUGUGUAUAUUAUUCAUAUUAAUUAUUAAUAUAAUUAUUGUAAUAUUAUAUUAUUAUUGAACAGAGAUAAACACUAA